AUGAUGUCAGUUGAAACUGUUGUUUUGGGAAUUCACAGGGUCAAUGAUUUCAAGACUGGUACGCUGGUAGGAACUGACAAAUAUGGAAACAAAUACUAUGAAGACAAAAGAAACUUCUUUGGUCGACACAGAUGGGUCAUCUACACUAAUGAAAUGCAUGGCAAAAAUACGUAUUGGGAGGUUGAUGGAAGUAUGGUGCCCCCUGAAUGGUAA